UCGCUAGAGGCCAUGCAUGGGAUCAGCGGUAGUUGUAUAGCAGCAUAUAGCGGUGGGGAUUUUGAUCUGGAUGUACAAUCAUUGGAUGAUAACCUAUAGCCUAUAGCAUGGUAGUAUCUUUAUCCCUUAGCCAGGGCGAUGUAGCGCUGCCGUAAUUGUCGAGGUUGGUCGAGACGUCAUCUCGAAGGACCGAAAGCAGGAAAGCUUUGUCGACUUUCUGCUUUCAUCUCCCAUGCCUCGACGAGGGGUUGAUCACAAUCAUCAGAACGAUCUCCUAGCAGCUAUCAGACUAGCCUAACCACCCGACGAAAGAUGUCCACAGCACAUCGAUCGUCAACCCUAAAGCUGAGCAUCUUCCUGCUAGCUCUACUCCUGUUCACGCAGACGGUGGCCGCACAGUUCGAAGGCAUGUUCAACAACAUGUUCGGCCAACAACAACAGCGUGGACAUCAUCAUCAUCACGGACAGGAACAAGGUUCGGGGCACGGAGUGAGGGGGUGGGAUUUGCAAGACGCAGCAUCUUGCUGGAACGGACACGUCUGCUCGGGAACAGGCAACUGCGUAGUCUCGCCAAAAGACUGUCCCUGCCCUUAUCCCGAGGACUAUAAAUGUUUCCUCCCCCAGCCAUCCCGGUCCAUCCUCGACAAGCUCCACCUCUCGAAUACUGGAAGUGCGAGCAAGUCGAGCAAUACCGAGAGUUUCGUUUGUAUACGAGCGAAUGCGGGAAGGUCGGGGUCGGUGGAAAAGGAAUGUGAGCGGGUGAGGAGGCUAGGCGGAGCGAUUUGAGGUGAAUCAUGGUCGGGUCUUUGUGAGUUGCGUUCCAUUUACAUGAGAGUGUGAACGGCGCUCAUUAGCCGGCUAUGGUCAUGAUUAAGAAACAGCGAAAGUGACUCAUGAUGCGGUGUAUCAACUAUCGAUAUAUCCUUCAAUCAUGCCA